UUGCUUGUUACCAAAGCUACAGAAAACCCAAACAAGAUGGUUAAGUACGGCCUGGAUUAUACCCGGUGCAGGUGGAUCUUGCCUCUUCUUCUGGGCUUGGCAAUGAUCUUUGGCAUCAUUGCCCUGGCUGGUUGGGGCUGGAUGACCUCGCAAACCUUCCCAGCUACACGGCGUGCUUCGUUAUGGAAUAUAUGUUUUCUGGAAGAAGGCUGGGCAUGCAGGUCUCUAAUGACUUUCGCUUGGGGAAGAGGUGCAGCCGCCACAUUCAUGGUGGGGUUUGUAAUCGUUGUUAUCUGUUUUGCCUUGUCCAUCAUCGCAUUUGCCAUUCCUACACUCCGUUUCAACUUCAUUAGAGGAAUAGGAGGCCUGUGUUUCGUGGCUGCUGUGUUCUCACUAAUGGGCCUUGUCAUCUAUCCAGUAAUGAUGACAAAAUAUUUAUCUCCCCCACUUGGUACGGUUAUGCAGUUUGACUGGUCCUAUGGCUUUGGAUGGACAAUGUGUAUCAUGGCAAUAGGUCUCGGAUUCUUCUUCUGUUGCCUCCCCCUCUAUGAAGACCAUAUUUUGGGCAACGUCAAACCUUAUUAUUAUCCUGACAUAUAACUGCUACCAAGAGCACCAAGGCCAUCUUUUUGCUUCCCUG